CUACGUGGCCACUGUUACCCUAUCUCUUGCAACGCUGGUUCUCACUUCUUCAGUACAGUUGCCGGUUGUGCAUGGUCUUUUUGUGUUCUGUCUUAGUUUUAUUUUAUUUGGUUUACAAAUCAGUUAUGGCAGAAAAUAAGGAACGUACCUUCAUUAUGAUUAAGCCUGAUGGUGUCCAACGUGGUCUUGUUGGAAAAAUAAUCCAACGAUUCGAGGAAAAAGGUUUUAAGCUUGUAGCAAUGAAGAUGGUGUGGCCAACAGAGGAUUUAUUGAAGAAACAUUAUUCAGACUUGGCAUCUAGACCUUUUUUCCCUGGUUUGGUUAAAUAUAUGAGUUCAGGACCAGUUGUUCCCAUGGUAUGGGAAGGUUUAAACUCUGUAAAAACUGGUAGAGUAAUGUUAGGAGAGACAAAUCCAAAGGAUUCUGCACCUGGAACAAUUCGUGGCGAUUAUUGUAUCCAAGUCGGACGUAAUAUUAUUCAUGGAUCUGAUUCAGUUGAAUCUGCCAACAAGGAGAUCAACCUAUGGUUUGGAGAACCAAAGGAUGUUGUUGAUUGGGCAACUUGGGCUGAGAAAUGGAUCUAUGAAUAAAAUAUUUGAAUGUUAUCAGAAAUUAUCUCUGAUUUAAUAAUGGUACAGUUAUUGAUUUAAAUUCAUGUCCUUUCACAUUGUAUAUUGAAGAGCCACUGUAUAUAAGUUUGCCUGAGAAAUAAUAAAAUACAUUCUUACAUAAAUUAA